AUUUCUUAGAAAACACCGUCCUUGUCGCAUUCCUCACGUUUGUUUAUAAAACAGAGAGAGAGAGAGAGAGAUAAGAUCAAGAACGAGUCGUCUCUUUGUAUAAUAUUUAUUUCUCAAACCAAUUUGGUGUUGCUCACCAACCUGAUUUGAUCUUCUACUUUCACACAUAACUCGUGUCGUGUCUUCUGGAACAGAGUUGGUUGUAUAAAGGAUUUUCUUUGUGUGUCUUAAGGUUUUUUUGUGUGGUGGAAAUGGAGAACAAGACCAAUAAUGGAAGCGAGGAUGGUCCAAAACAUAGCCAAGUGGUGAAGAUAAAGAGAGAGUUUGAGAAGAUAAGCCAGCCAUCGCUGAAGCAACCGGAGAUGAGAAGGGUCCUCUCCGAGAUCACCAGGCGUCAACGUUCACGUUCACCUCUAGGCUUAGGAGAGAGAUCUAUUUCCGUUGGACACUGAUGCUAGAAGAAGAAGAAGAAGAAGAGGAGCAGGUUCUUAAUAGUUGCAGACUUUGUUGUAUAUGUGUCCAUGUAUGUAAAUAACUCUGUGUUUGAAUAUGAUGAUGAAUCUCCCUUCCGUUCAGAGUAAACCCUUUUUGUACUUUUGUCUUUUGAUAUACCUUACUCAUGUAUUUGUGUUUGCUAACGGAUACUUUCGAAUUACUUUAA